GAGAAGAGACGCGUUCUGAACCUUUUACAGUCUAUGUUCUGAACUGCUUGUUUCAAAACAAACGUUUUGCAGCGUUUUUGAUGCAUCAUUUUUUUUAAACCGAUCAUAAUUUACAAGUAAAGCCAUGCAUUCAGAGCAUCAGGAAGAGCUGAAGUCUGUAAAGACAGAGUUUAUUGAAGAUGACAGCGAGAACAGGACUGAUCCAGAACCCUGCAGAGUGAAGCAAGAAGAUACUGAAGAACCAAGAGUCCUGAUUAAAGAAAAUGAGGAGAGCGAAGAACUAAAUGAAGUGGAGGAGAAACUUCAUGUCAAAACUGAAGAAAAAUCUUCAAGUUGCUCACAGACUGAAAGAAAAUUUGUACCGAGAAGAAGAGCCAAGAAAAAUUUCAUUUGCCCUCAGUGUGGAAAAAAAUUCCCAAACAAACCAAAUCUUAGACGUCACAUGAGAGUUCAUAGUGGCGAGAGGCCGUACACAUGUGAUCAGUGUGGGAGCACUUUUACUGCAGCUCACGUAUUAAAGCAGCACCAGAGGAUUCACACCGGAGAAAAACCUUAUAAGUGUUCAUUCUGUGACAAGAGAUUCAGUCGGUCAUCACAUUUGAAAAGACAUGAGAAGAUACACUGCAGAAAGAAGCCGCACACGUGUGAUCAGUGCAGGAAUAAUUUUGCACAAGCAAACGGUCUUAAACUAUAUAUGUGCCCUCACUCUGAAGAAAGACCAUUUAAGUGUGAUCAGUGCAGUAAAACAUUUUAUAGAGCAGAACACCUGAAGAUCCACAUGAAAGUCCAUUCAAAGGAGAAGCCUCACAUGUGCUCUCUGUGUGGAAAGAGUUUUUCACAGCUGGAAUAUUUUAAAAUGCACCAGAAAAGACACAGUGUUGUGAAGGAUUAUAUGUGUUUUGAUUGUGGGAAGACCUUUAUUACAUCUUCCAUAUUGAAACAGCACCAGAGGAUCCACACCGGAGAGAAACCUUACAAGUGUUCACACUGUGACAAGAGAUUCACUUUGUCCGGACAUCUGAAAUCACAUGAGAGGGUCCACUCUGGAGAGAAGCCGCACACGUGUGAUCAGUGCGGGAAAAGUUAUAAAGAAAAAGGAACGCUUAAGACACACAUGAAAAUCCACACUGGAGAGAAACUGCACAAGUGUGAUCAAUGUGGAAGAGCUUCACGUAUGCAAACACUCUUAAAUUACAUCUGCGAUCUCACUCUGGAGAGAAACCGUUUAACUGUGAUCAGUGCGGUAAAUCAUUCGUUUCAUCAUCAACCCUAAAGAUCCACCUGAGUGUCCAUACGAAGGAGAAGCCUCACGUGUGCUCUUUGUGUGGAAAGAGUUUUGCUCAUAUGAGUGGUUUGAAAGUACACCAGAAAAGUCACAGCGGAGUGAAGGAUCAGAUGUGCUUUGAUUGUGGGAAGACCUUUACUACAUCUUCCGGAUUGAAACGGCACCAGAGAAUUCACACUGGAGAGAAACCUUACAAGUGUUCGUACUGUGAGAAGAGCUUCAAUCGGUCAGGAACUCUGAAAAGACAUGAGAUGGUCCACACUGGAGAAAAACCUCACAAGUGUUCACACUGUG